AUGUCGACAGCGGGAGAAGUGGAAGCCCUGUCUGGGAUCUUCUCGUCAUCUUGGGAUCCCAGACCGAUUUUGGAGUUGGAUUCGAAGGCGCAUGUGGCCCGGAGCUUGGAGACUCAGGGGUCGCAGCGCCCUGAUGCCACGGCCCUGCGGUCCCAUGGCUAUGGCAUGAAAGAGCUGGCGGCCCAAGACACCUCCUUCAUGGCACUUAGACGGGCGUCUUACUUCGUGGCGAACCUUCUGGCGCAACAUGGCCUACGGAAGGGCGAUGUGGUCUUCUUACUGGGCAUGAACUCCCGAGAAACCGUUGCAGUCAUGUAUGGUGCCUGGUAUUUGGGAUGCGUUACGGCGUUGCUACUGCCGUGGCACAAGGAUCGGAGGGUACUUCUGAGAACCACACAAGCCAAAGCCGUGGUAUGCCCCAGUGCCUACUACCAGGAUAUUCUGCACGAAAUCGAUGAUAGCUCCUAUGUGAAGCUUCUUCUGCUGACCAACACCGACAUGCCUUGGCAGGGAUUACCCGCAAGCGUGAAGGACGAACUUCCGAAGCUCAUCCAGACAAUUUCAUACAACCUGCAAGAUCUGGACAGCCAGCCGUUCGAACCAACAGGACAAGACUCCUUUUGGGUGGAAAGAUACGAUUUCGAGCAGGCCGAGGCCCUGAGCGAGGAUGCCAAGAACAGUUUCGAUACCACUUCAGGCUCAGACGAUGCGAUUCUUGUGUUUACCUCAGGCACGACCGGCAGACCCAAACCUAUUGUGCACCGGCACAUCAACAUCCUGGCUUUGGUGGCUGAGCAGUUUGCGCGAGACGUGUUAGACCUGCAGCCCACAGACGUAAUUCUUCCCUGGGAGAUGGUUAGCAGCUGCUAUUCGUGCACAGUGGCUGUGAUUACUCCGCUGUAUUUUGGAUCCACGGUGUAUCUGGACUACUCUGAGCCCACAUGUCACAUCAGGGUCCUCAGUGCAACUCAGUUCUGCAAAGCCGGCGCCACAAUCUACGCCGCAGUCCCGGACUUUGUCAAGAACCUGGCGCAGCGCGUGCACGACAAGGAAGAAGGCCUGGCCGAGAGCUUGAAGCCGCUCCGCAAGAUCCUCACCGUCGGGGACCAACUUCCCAAGGCCACGCUCCUGAACUUCAUCCAUGAACUUCCCCACAUCGACGUGUGCAAUUGCUACGGCAGCUCCGAGAUGCUCUGCGUCAUCGGCGGCACGGAAAGCGAGUCCAAGUACUCCGGGCAGUUGUUGCGGGGUCUCGAGGCUUGUGUCAGGAACCCGGUCGAGCACAAAGGGGACGGCACAGAAAGGGCCUCCUUCUCUGGGGAGCUCCUGGUCAGGAGCACGAACCCGGAGGUCUUCCCUCACUUUCCGGCGCUCCGAAACGCCGAAACCAGAGAGCGCUUCCAGAGACCGAGCGAAGGGCACGAAGGGCAAGGUCGGAGCUGGUACUGCACAGGUGACAAAGCCUUGGUCGAACAGGAUGCCAGCGGAACCUGGUGGUACCGCUUCCUUGGCCGAUUCAAUCUGGUCAUCGUGCCUGAUCUUGAUCAAAUCUAUGGCGGUGCCCGGGACCUCUUAGUGGAAGAUGUUCAGAGGUGUGACGUGGCGGACAAGCUGUUGCUCAACGUCGGCCUCUACGCAAAACCUUUUGACGCAUCCGGCCAGGUCCUAGCCAGUGCGAUCCUUCCAUGCACGGUGUCCAGCCAAUAUGUUUUCCUGGUGCUCGUCACAGAAGCCUUCUCCUCUUCUCAGCCACCAGCACAGAAAGACUUGGAAGGCUGGUAUGCGGCUACAGCUUCUGGCAUGUCUGAAGAGAAGCUGCCACUGGUGUUCAUCCCCGAGAGGAAUGUCCCACGUCAGCCUCCGUUGAACAAGCUGAAGACCGGAGAAGCCCUCAAGCAAAUGGAACACUGGAUGAGUGACAAUGACAUCAAAGAGCUGUCUCCUACCAUUUGUGUGAAGAUGUCUGCUUCCUUGUGGUGA